CCUCCAUGCAUGUACGUACUCCUUACAUGUACCUCCUAACUUAACUUCUCUUACUUUCUGCUUGCGACAGCUGCUUGUAUUUACUUAUUAUACCAAAUUCAUACUCUCUCUGUACACAAUGCCUUCUCCUAGACCGCGCUUAAAACCAACAUAUACCCUCCACUUCCUAUCUCCAGUCGUCUGCCGACAACCCAUACCCCGGGUAGGAUCCUUUGCCUCUUCCGGUAGCAAAUACUCGAGUCGCAAUUCCUCUACUACGACGAAGACAGUCCUGCCGCCGCUCCCGCCUAGUAAAUGGUACUCGGACCUUAAGGCGCGAAUCGGAAAAUGUAUCAUGUUCGGCUGCACCCACGACCAGGCGAUACACGCCGCCACCAUCCUGCGCGUCCUCGGCACCGAGUGGCGCGAACUAACGGCCGGUGCCGAGGGGUUUCUGACAGGCGGACAUAGGGGACUUGAGAAACAGCAGGUUGUGUGGGGGGAGAUGGACAGUUUUGGCCAUGUGAAUAAUACCAAUUACAUCCGGUACGCCGAGUCUGCGCGCGUCAACUGGAUCAUACACUUCGCGAGCGUGGACCCGGGGAACGGGACGAGGUGGAGGGAGCUUAUGACGCCCAAGGGGACGGGACUGAUUAUGAAGUCGAUUAAGGCCGAGUAUAAAUUCCCCAUGACCUAUCCGGACACCAUCUCCGCGUACCACAAGCUGCGCUCGCAGCCCUCGGCUACAGACACCUCACUCGUACUCGACUGCGUCAUCCUCUCGCACCGGCACCGGCGCGUCGCAGCGCGCACGGAGGAAGACAUCGUCGUAUACGACUACGGAGCCGCGCAGAAGACGGCAGUCCCACCAUUCGCGCUCGACGCAUUCCAGGACAUAUGGCGUCGGCAGGAAGAGGUGACGCGGAAGACUAGGCAGCGCAUAUGGGAGCUUGUGAGAAAGGUCGAGGAGCUCGAGAAGGGGACUUGGGAUAGGCCGGGUGCGGUGGAAGAUGUUGGGGGUAAGGGGGGUGUUGAGAAGGAUCAUUCCAGGAUAGAGGAGGAUGUUAAAAAGGGGGAGGUUAAGAAGGGGGAGGUUAAGAAGGGCGACGCACCUACGAACACAGUUGUUAAUAAAGUACGCUCGUUGUUUUAACUUUCUCUUGGAUAGAAGUGUUGGGGAUAGGAGGGGUUGGAUAUUAGAGGGGACAGGUGUAUCCCCUUGAGGUGUUACGAGACCAGGUACCUACCUACCUGUAUGGCUGAUAUCUGUGGUUAAUAGCGUCGGCGACCUCAGGCGAGUAAAAGCGCCCGACUUGUUACCACGGCACACGAAGACCGGUUAAAAUAUU